CUUUUCGGCGUUGUUCGGUUCGAAGCAUUCCGCUCCGCCGGGACUCUUUGCGACGUUUAAUGAAAAGUAGUCCCUGAGGUGGCCAGCUCCAGCAAUGCAAUGCUGGCUUACUGCAGAAAUUCCAGCAUUGGAAGCAGACCUGGUGUCUUCCUCAAAGGAACCGUUAGCGUCUCUGAUGGAUCGAAAGAAACGAAGGUUUUGCCAGUGACAAAACAGUAGCAAGAGGGCACUUUCUGAACCAAAGCAACCUCUCUUUGGUGGAUGAGGACAAUUUCGUCAGUAUCAAGAAGGGUGCUGUUGUUCGGGGAGCUGCUCAUCAAAGGCACCAAUGGCAAACGAGUCUGCAAACGCUUUCGCGUCUUCAGAGGAGCAUAACACUUUAGAAACUCCCUUGAAAGAGAAGCAGCCUAGGGAUGCAAGCUAUGUGACACCUAGCAAGGCUGAAUCAGGACCAAAACCAAGCUCUGUAUUAUCAGCCACGAAUGCUACAACACCUAUAGAUUUUUCUACACUUACGCCAGCUGAUUUUGGCAUUACUCCAGAGUCUUUUACUAAACAAAAUAAAAGGCCAUCUAAAAGCCUGUUAAACAAAUCUAGACGUCUAUCAACAAUCGGGAUCCGGAGUUCUCCAGAACACAAUUCUCUCAUCCGAUUCAUUGCUCAUCGACGUCGAACAAGGAACCAAGAGGACUUGGUGCAGGCUAGCCCUUUUAAGCAUCAGAACACUUUUCUAAAGGAUAAAAUAGCUGCCUUCCAGUCGUCCUUUAAGUCACCUGAAGAAGCUGAGGAAAGACAAAUCCUUGUAGCUGACACCUCUAAAGAAAUCAGUUCUAAACCACAUGAACAAUCUGAACCGGACCAGGUUUCGCCAUCAGAAUGUGAGAGAAUUUUAUUUGAGGGAAAUACAAUUCAGAAAUCCAUAAGUGAAGGAGGAUCUUCACCUGAUAUCCAGGGACGCUUUAUUGUAUCUCCAUCACUGAAACCUGAUACUGAGAAGGCUGUUCCAAGCUUGCUGGCAAGUAGUACAACAUCUGGAUGCAUUAGUUUGGAGACUACUCCGAGUAAAGGUGUAUCAAAGACUGCAUGUGAAUUAAGCCAGAAUGCUACAUCUCAGCGGAGCUGUAAGAAAGUUAGGUUUGCAAAAAAGCAGCGUUUGGAAAUAUUUGAUAAAACCAAGCCACCAAUUACCCCCAAGAGAAGAAGUCAUUUGUCUCCCAGUUCUGUUCGUUCUGUUCUGAAGAAAACACCAAUAAAACUGGGAACAGAAGACAAGGAAGUACACCAUUAUGAGCAUGCUGAUGAGACAAGAAAGGAGGAAUUUUCAACAGGCCUAGGCAACAUACCCAAUGAAGGUACCAAACCAAUAGAUGAAAUAACCGUGAAGAAUGAAGAUCUAGGCUCUGAAGUACAUGAUCCACUUCUUCCCAUGAAUAUUCCAUUACAUAAAAAAAGAAGAAGAAAUCCUCUCAGUUCACCAGAUUCAAGAGAAAGUUCUCCAAAGGAGGCUCCUGGCAAGCAAUCCUUUUCCCAACCAGACUUUGAUCAUGAUGAAGACCAAGAGUCAUCAGAGGUAGCAUCUGCUCCUGAAUCUUCUGCAAACUGUGAUCUGGAAGUAACAACUGAAAGCUCUCUUCGCCUUAAACCUGCUUCCAUUAGAAUUACGAGAUCGUCUGUUAAAAUAAAGCAUGACAACAAAGGAGAAGAAGCAGCAGAUUCUAGACUUACAGGCAAAAUGCACAUCAAGAAUUCCAAACAGAAACCCAGUGGAAUCCAAAAGGCCAAACCUGCAACAAAAUCUUCUGAGAAAAAGAAGCCAGCUGCUAGACGCAAAGUUUUUGGAAAGAAGAAAAGGCGAAAAAAGGAAGAGAAAGCAUUGUAUGGGCAGCGAGAAGCAGUAUCAAAGAUACCUCUCUUGAGUCCAAUUCCUGAGGUGAAAGAAGAUUUCUCACUCAUGUCAUCUUAUCAAAACACGCCAGAGUCACAAACUUCCAUCUUUGAUUAUUCCAUUUCGAGUGUCCUGCAUGGAGAAUCUGUGAGUGGAACAGAUGGAACUAGCUUCAUCCAGAAAAAAGAGGAUGGUGGCUGCCUGCAUCCCAAUCUGGAUCUUUUAACGAGAUUGGACAGGACUUUCUCACAGCUUCAAGGUGAUGCUACAAAUGGUUUGAAAAAUAUACCUCCCUUUGACUCUCCUAUAAAGAAUUCUCCUGAGAAACUGACAACCAUAUUUCAUGAUGAACAGGUGUUGAAAAAUGACUGUACUUCAGGCAAGUCUGAGAUUCAAGAGGAGCUUGAGUUACUACAUUUACACAGAACUGGUAAAAAUACAAAGACUGAAGGGGCUGCACACUUGAGCGUAGAGUCUGCAGCCCAAUUAACCAGUGAAAGUGAUCAUGUGAAUGUCAGAAAGCUUCCAAGACGAAGCAGAAGAGUCACCUUCUAUCUUCCAAAACAUUCUGAAACACCUGGGAACAUUUCCACUAUACCUGAGGGCAAUAUGGAAGAGCCGCCUCCUGUAUCAGAUGGCUCUGAACUCUUAAAUAGUUUACAGUGUGAUAUCGAGGCAUCCAUCAAUAGUACUUCCAGAAGGGUGAGACGCAGCAUGAGGCUGCAUAAAGAGGCAGAAAAUGAAGGGCUUGUCUGGAUUCAGAUACCUGCUGAUAAUGUCAAAAGCCAGGAUCCCCUGGAUUCUUCCUGCAACAUCCAGAGCGGAAUGUCCUCCUUCGCUCCCCAAGAAUCAGAGCUGCUUCAUGAAAAGAAAGUCAACAGCAUCCCGCUGCCCUUCAUAAUGAGUGAAGACCAGGAGAAUGCUCAUGUUCGAACUGUCCUUCCAAAGAUAAAGAAAAGGAAGAGCAUUGGUGUAUUGAGGGCUAAAGAAAAUGACAGCGUCGUCUUGUGUGCCCCGAGAAACAGAAGAGCAAGCAUUGGAUACAAAAGUGACCACUGCUUCCAAAAGGGUUCUGAAAUGAGACAGUUUUUGAAGAAUCAGCCUACAGUUUAAUUUCAGACUGCCACCAUUUGAAAGGUGAAGGCUAUCUAUUCCACCCCAGCUAUACAGUUAAAAUAAUUGUUUUUGGGCAUUUAAAAGAAGCUAAAUAAAACAUUGGUUUGCCUUUAGUUUCAGGGAGAACAUUUUAGGAAAAGAGUGCAUGAUCUAAACAGAAAAAUACAGAAGGGAAAUAAAAGUAUGCACUCUUCAGAAAUAAAUGAAGUUUUAAAUAUACAGUUUAUUAUUGCAUAUAACUGGCAAAUCCUGUUUUGUUGAGUUGGCUUUUGAUGUUUUCUGAUGCACCCAGUAAAAUGGAGUAUUGCCAAAGAAUUGACAUUAUCAACUGGUAAUACUAAAGAAACAACAAUGAGAAAGUCUAAGCCAGCCUAGUUUUAGUAUGGCAUGCACAGCCAAACCCUAUGUAUGUUUAACAUUGGAGUAAAUUGCAUUCUUUUUAAAUAGGACUUGUUUACCCUUAAACCCAUAAGACUAGCAUUUGAAAUUAAGUCGUUGUUUCUCUCUUUCAAAUGCACACACCUUUGUAAAUUCCUUUGCAUUCAGAAACAUAUUAUUCCAAACAGGGCCUCAUUACUCCAAGCUAGUGUUCAGUACCGAGGGAGUUAAAAUAUAUAGGCUUUGAAAUUAUUAUAAAUAUUAAAUCAACUUGUUACAAUUUUGAAGUUAAAGUUGUACAUUUAUUUGCUGAUGUGUAUAUUCAGUCGUUUUUACCACUGCCCAGAGAAUUGGUUUCUUAUUCCUGCUAUAAGUGCUGUAGCUUACAAAAAAAGGUUUUAUUGUAUAUGCUAUACAGUAUAAAUGAAAUCUCAUUGUCGUUUCAAAAGUCUUGGCUUUUAAAAAUCUCCCAUUGCAUAUAUCUUCUUUGUCUGGUGUGUUUUUUCUGUCUCAGUGUUUUCUCAUAGGCAAAAUACAUCUUCCUAAACCCAGUUUAAAAUGGGGCAAUUUAAUUUCAAGUUACAAUUUUCUUUCUUUUCAGGGUUGUAUCCUCAGUGUAUCAGAAGAGGGCAGUACGGCAUGCCUUUUAAAGCAAGGAUUUUUAAUAAAGUGUUGCCCUCUGCUUUGUAAAAGGCAUUGUGUGUCUAAAUCCUCAACUCAUUUGUGUGUUAAAAUAAAACAGCAACUGGAUGUAAGAGCAGCAGCGGCUGGAAAAUCAGUCCAUCCAAUAUUAACCUUUAUUUGAGUCUCAUUGAAAUGAAUAGGACUUAAUAAUAACUUCAGCUGAAUUUGCAGCCAGUGCUGACUAAACUUAAUCAGGCUCCUUUAAUUUCAGUGGGAGAAGUCUGUGGCUUUUUCUUUGUAGUUCUUAAAAACGUGAAUGUUUAUAGUCAGAUCAUUUUUAAAAGGAAAAAAAUGAGUAUUUUGCUGGCAAAGGUUUUGAUUAUUUUUAUAAUUUUAAUGCCUUAUUGUUUAGUUUGAUUCAGCUAGGUUUGUUCGUUAUUUUGAGUGCUGUUUUUAGUGUAACCGUGAGAUAAAAAUGUAAUAAAUAAAUAUUAAAACAUAA